GCGUAUCAGUGGCCCCCACCACCUCCCUAUUCCGCUUAAAAACACAUUAAUCUGUGAUCUCAAAUCUCAAGUUUCUCAACUCCACUGCCCAAAACUCUCGGCUUUCUGCUCGCCGCCAUGGCAAUACCUUGUGAUCUCUUUCCACUCCUUUUUAUGUUCUUUUUCUCACUUAACCACCUCAUCCACCACUCCUCCGCCUCCUACUCCAUCGGCGUAAACUAUGGCACCGUCGCCGACAACCUCCCAUCACCUUCCCAAGUCGCCACCUUUCUCAAAACCCAAACCACCAUCGACCGCGUAAAGAUCUUCGACGCCAACCCAGAUAUUCUCCGCGCCUUCUCCAACUCCAGCAUCUACGUCACCGUCACCGUCGGGAACGGUGAUGUUCCCUCCCUCGCCAAGCUCCCCGCCGCCCAGUCCUGGGUCGCCAGUAAUAUUGUCCCGUUUUACCCUCAGACUAAAAUCAACCGCAUCGCUGUCGGUAACGAAAUCCUUGCAACCUCAGACAAGAGUUUAAUCGCGCACCUUUUACCGGCUAUGAAGGCUUUGAAGCAGGCCUUAGACUUGGCAAAUGUUACCGGUAUUCAGGUCUCCACGCCCCACUCUUUGGGUAUACUGUCCGCCUCGGAGCCACCGAGCUCAGGGCGGUUCCGACGCGGGUAUGAUCGAGCCAUAUUUGCUCCGAUUCUAGAGUAUCACAGACAAACCAAGUCCCCCUUCCUGAUCAACCCCUACCCGUUCUUCGGUUUCACGGCCCGGACAUUAAACUACGCACUCUUCAGGCCAAACGGUGGUGUUUUUGACAACGUCACGGGGUUUAACUACACCAAUAUGUUCGAUGCGCAGCUCGACGCGAUUUAUUCGGCAAUGAAGAAGUUGGGGUACGAGGAUGUGGACAUCGUGGUGGCCGAAACAGGUUGGCCCUCGGUAGGUGACCCGAACCAACCGGACGUGAACCUGGAGAAUGCGCUGUCCUACAACGGUAACCUCGUGAAGCACGUGAACUCCGGUAAGGGCACACCGUUGAUGCCGAACCGGACCUUCGAGACUUACCUCUUCUCUUUGUUCAACGAGAACCUCAAACCGAGCACUUCGGAGCGAAACUUCGGAUUAUUCAACCCGGAUCUUACUCCCGUUUACAACGUCGAUAUUUUACGAAACAAGCAGGCAAUGGGCCCCUCUCCGGCUACAGCACCGGGGCCUACAUCAACACCGGCUACUACACAGGGGCCUACACCAACACCGGCUGGUGAUUCCGGUAGGAAAUGGUGCGUGCCUAAACCGGGCACGACGGAUGAGGCGCUGCAGGCGAACAUGGACUAUGUGUGCAGCAAGGGAGUGGACUGCAAGCCGAUACAGGACGGUGGGCCAUGUUUUAACCCCAACACUGUGAGAUCACACGCAUCGUACGCCAUGAACGCUUAUUACCAGGCCUUCGGUCGCCACGACUUCGACUGCGAUUUCAACCACAGUGGAGUCCUCACCACCACCGACCCCAGUUACCAAACAUGUACGUACCCAUUCCAAGAUCUGAAUCUAAAGUUGGAGCAGUCGGUGGCAGUUGGCUUGAUGAAUUGCUGCAUGACAAGGCUAUUCUAUUCGUUAGCUUCCUGUAUGAUCGGGAUACAGUUCUUUUCUUCUCUGAUUUGAGGUUAGCUUAAUUAGUAUUAAUCUUUAUUUAAUAUGCUUUUCGUGGGUCCUUCGGGGGUAGGUGGGUCAUGGGUGGCCUUUUUGGGUUCCAACGGCUAGGAGCUUCGGUUUAUUCAAAAUUCGAAGCUUUUCUUUUAUCGUCUAUGGCGGAUGUUGCACCCAUUAAGCUGUUUAAAGCUUAUUUAUUGGCUGUAGGGACCCUAUAUAUAUGUUCGAUGUAGAUUAGAUACCUUUUUGUAACUUUGGUUUUGACUUUUGAAUAUAUUUCUGGGGUUUCAUUCUUCUUUCA